AUGAAUAAGGCUGCUUACCUAUCACUCGUCGCUAUACUUGUCGCCGUCACUCUUGUCGCCCCUUCUUCCAUCACAGUACAUCCUCUUCAACGUCGCCAAGGCGUCAAUUGCACUGAUCCUAAUGCCAUUACUAGUGGAUUAUGCUGGGAAGAGCUUCACCUCGCCGAAUACCUCACAGAUUGGCAUACAAACAGGCCUAUCUGCUCGACGAUCUAUGGUACUCUCGAAGACGGCGCGAACUGCUGCGCGCCUAAUGAAGUCUGGUCCACCUGUUUCAUACGCCUCGCGAUUGGAAAUCAUGGCUACAACUGUAUCAACAUAAACGAAGGCACAUGCCCCAACUUUCAAGUCGGUGCAAGCAUUGCUCCUCAAGUGCGCUACAUCCUGGGAACCAUGUACAAUAUCAAUAAUUUCUUCAGUAACUGGAACGGAGCACUACCUUACGCAACCCUUUCAGCCUUACUCAUCAAUCAGCCCCUCGUCCUCGAGAUCGAUCCCAUCCAAAAGACCAACCUCCUUUUCAGCGACCUCCUCUCCGCCCUAACAGCCGGCCUCUCAUUCAUAGCCGCACCCGAACUCUCAGGCCUAGCCGGCACAGCUGCUACUGCACUUAUAAAAGGUUUACAAGCAGCACCCUCAGUGGCGAAAGCCAUCUGGCCCACCGGAACAGCAGAUUCCCAAUCUGAGCAGCUCGCCAACCUUGACAGCUACCUCUCACAGAUCGAUCAAAACUUUACAACCCGAAUCACCCAGGGUCUCUACACAAUCAUGAGUGACGUCCCCUCUUUCAACGGUUUUGCAUCUUCUGGACAAUUCUCAGGCCCCAACAACCUGUCGCUUCCGGCCGACUCUGACAUCCUAGCCCUAGGUUUGCGCACCUUCAUCCUAUCCAGCGCCAUGUCAGCCAACAAGUGGAGGGCCGUAACCCGCAGCGAUCUGACCAUGGCCGAUGUCGCGGGCUCAGUCCCAGGAUCCGGCGGCUCCGACUGCACGUUCGGCUCCAACAACAUCUGUACCAAUUCAAAAGACGAGACCACUGUCUUCUACAGCAAUUCUACCGCCCGUGCAUACGAGGUAGUCCUGAGUGGCGCGGGCCCCGACCCGACAUCUUUCAUGAAUGAGAUCGUGAACAAGGAGUGGUCCAAUCUUGAACAGUUGUUCGACGGCGCAUACAAUUGCAGUUUCGCUCCGGGUGGUAGUGGCAUCGGUAAGCCGCUCAGUUUGUUCAACGGGACUGCCGUCGACUUCGCGUGUAUGAGUCAAUUGUCGAUCUCGGAAGGCAAGUAA